GGAGGGAGGGAGACUGUGCUCUCUGCAUCGCGCCACUCUCCCCCUCAUUUCCAUUCCAGACGCUGGCUUCUCUCAGGAGAGCCCCUCUCUCCGUUUGAAAUGCCAAUCACCGCUGGCCGUGCCUUCAUCCUCGAUCACACACGCUUUCCUAGUGUAACGGCAGCGUGCGAGAACCCAGAGAGCACCGAGGAGACUUCCCGUUCUUCUCAGACUGACUGAAGUUACUGUGGGAUAGAAAAAACGGCAUCUGGAUGACUCUGGAUUUUUGUCCUGUCUGAGGAUGAUGAGGUUUUGAGUGUCCUUUGUUCUUCUUAUGUGUUCUAACGUUUGGACUAAUCACCAUUAAGAGUACAAAUGGGGACUAUCUAAUCAGAGUGCUGAGAACUUCACUUCCUCUGCCUUUUUCUGUAGCCUGACUCCCUCCUUGAACAUCCUGCGCAUGGCAUUGGACUGCCCUGCUCCAGUGCAGCUGUGCCUCUCCUAGUAAAGACUGGAAGAACGAGGAAUGCUAGGGCAAAUUCGGGGGGUGCUGGUACGUCCUGUGUUGCUGGGGGCUUGAAGCCUGUCUUGCCUCUGUUCUGUUUUUUCAUUGAAGGUUUUUGUGGUAGUAAGUCCAUGUGAAAGGAUUUCUAUAGACUACACGGCACGGACUAGCAUCUCAUAUUGCUGCUGAGAUGGCAGACGGCCGGCAUGGGUACGUCUUUCCUGUCUGCCGGAGAACGCUGCACACUGGCCAGCCUUUGUUGAGCUAGGCCCCUUGAGGAAGCCCUCCUAGCGCACCUUCAAACAAGAUGAACUCAACUGAGCUAAACCAGAGCACCGUGACCUUCUGCCUCCUGGACGUUGGCUACUCUCAGAUCUUCAACACUUGCAUGCUGGAAGUUGCUGUCAUUCUCUUCCUCACAGUGCUCAUCAUCUCUGGCAACCUGGUAGUGAUUUUUGUAUUCCACUGUGCCCCACUGCUCAGCCACCACACCACCAGCUCCUUCAUCCAGACCAUGGCAUACGCCGACUUGCUGGUGGGGGUCAGCUGCCUCAUCCCGUCCUUGUCCUUGCUGCACCAUUUGGAGGGACUGGACGAGGAACUCACCUGCAAAGUCUUCGGUUACAUGGUAUGUGUCCUGAAGAGCGUUUCCAUGACCUCACUAGCAUGCGUUAGCGUGGACCGCUAUGUGGCGAUCACCCGGCCACUCUCCUAUGCCGCGCUGGUGACACCAUGCCGUCUACGAGCCUGCAUUGCUCUCAUCUGGAUCUACUCUGCCCUCAUCUUCCUGCCCUCCUUCCUUGGCUGGGGCAAACCGGGAUACCAUGGGGAUGUAGUGGAAUGGUGUUCAUCUUCCUGGUCCACCCAGCCUCUCUUCACCGCUUUCAUAGUGGCAGCGUUGUAUGCACCCGCGGCCCUCACUGUCUGCUUCACUUAUGCCCACAUCUUCCGCAUCUGCCGCCAACACACCCGGCAGAUCAGCGAACGCCGGGCACGGUUUGGGCCACAGGAGCCUGAACCAGGUGAACAAACUUGUCCUGACAAGCGCUACGCCACCGUGCUGUUCCGCAUCACCAGUGUCUUCUACCUGCUGUGGCUGCCGUACAUCAUCUACUUCCUGCUGGAGAGCGCAGGAAUAUACCGUCAUCCUGCCGCCUCCUUUCUGACUACAUGGUUGGCCAUCAGCAACAGCUUCUGCAACUGCCUCAUCUACAGCCUGUCCAACAGCGCCUUCCGAAAAGGUCUCAAGCGCCUUUGUCUGCUGUGCCUACAGCGCUCCGACACAACCAAGAAGCCCCUGGGAGCUCUGCAGGCCCCUGCUCGACCAGCCUGUCAUGUUUAGCACCCUCUAUGGACUGGAGAGGGUAUCGUAUGUCGGCACGGAAGGGGUCUUGCUUUGGCAUCUGGGCGCCAUUUCAGUUCUUGUCCCUGUCAGAGGGUUUGGAGCAGAGCAAGCCCAUGGAUGUCUGUCUACGUGAAAUGUAGCAACAAGUCCUUCAGACAAAGGAGUGACCUAUAACCUCAGCUAUCAAGGAUGAAGGGGUAGUUAAAGCUGUUGCUUUGAGCAACUUGGAUAAAAUAAUCUUUUGCAAAAUGACACCAAGAAAUUAAGGAAAAAAUAAAGUAUAAUCAUGAUGUCCUUGUAUUAUAAAACAUUUUUUCUCUGUAAAUGGAAAGUAAAAAAAAUAUAUACUUUUGUGAUGCUCUAAUUAUUGUGAGGCUCUCCUCUGCUGAAAAGAUGACCUGCAUAUUUACAUGUAUCACCCCUUGCCAGCUGGUCCGUGGAUGUUUUUUUUUUCCUCUCUGGUGAUUUCUGAAUAUCCUCUGUGGGCUUUUGCCCUUUAGGGCAGGUUGUAUUAUGUCAGGAAAUCUGGUGACAGUUGUUUAGUCAUGGUAACUAAUCUGCACAUUUUAGGAAAAAGUAGACUGAGCUCUACAAACAUGUUCAAAUUUGUAUCCGUUUACCUAGUUAAUCGCUUCUGAUGUCUGUGACCUUCCUCUUUAUCCCCAGUUGCUGCAGAAUUAGCAAUACCCCUAGCAGUACCCUGCCUGCAUUCCACUUCUGGAUAAUUUGUGGCAAAUUUGAUCAAAGCAUAAUUCUAGGUCGGAUGGAGAACAUGUUGACUCUCUGAUGCUUUAAUUUGUCUUUUAUUUCUGUGAGCCCCUGGCUUGUUGGGAACACCUCAUUUUUACCUGCAAGACCCCUGCCUUUUGGGAACUUGGCAUUUUUGACGCCCAACGUAAAGUUACUGAAACUCGGUAGUGAAUCAGGCUCUUCUGAAAUGCCACAUUUACUCUUCCAGUUUCUAUUAUCUGUUUGUUGAACAUCACAAGUUUGAGGAUUGCAUAACUUUGCCUGUGGUCAGAGAAAAAAAAAAUAUGAGUGGAUCAGCAGACAUACGGGGUGUUCUGUUUGUCUCCAGAUCUUACCGGAGAUGCACUUUCUUGGGACACACACAGGACUGCUUCAGGAGUACUGUUAAUGUGAGUGUUUGUUUUUUUUUUUGUUGUUGUUUUUUUGUUUUUUGUUUUUUUUUGCACUCCUUUUUGUCCUCUACCCUUGGCAGACAGGGGCAACUGUUAUACAGCCAGGAGGGAGGUGCUUUCUGAAAGAUGACCAACCGAACGGGAAAACGUCUUCAGAACCUUCAGUCUUACUGAAUUGUAUAGCUUAUUUGAUUGUGUGACUUACUCCAUACCUUGCAGUGUCUAUGUACGACAGUUGUCUUGGUAUACUUGGUUUACUUUAAAAGCCAUUGUUUCGUGGGUGGAUGCGAUAAAUGACUUAAGAAAAGUGGGGAGCGAUAUUUCAACAUCAGUAUUCUCAUCAUAGCAUCUAUCAAAAAGAACUGAAUAAGAUGAAGAUUAUAAUUAACAUACUAUUUUAGUAAUUUAUACAAUGACAAACCCUCACAUGCACGUCCACUGGUUGUCGAAUAGUGUAAUCUCUGCAGUUUCAAGAGCCGAUUGUCCUGAUGCACAACGAAGACAGCAGGUCAAAACUAGAACACAGGUCAGAGUGAAUGCUCUUUAAUGCCAGACAAAUUAGGGAUAAGAUUGCAGCAGAUGCACCUGGUCAAAAAAUAUGUGUACACUUAAACAUAAGCAAAAACGAAGACUUCAGACUCAUGCAAAAAAAAAAAUCUAGAGGACUUCAGAGAGACUGAUCUCUCCAGACUGGAUCUUUCUCUCCAACACGUACACUGUACAUAGUUCAUAAUUUAUAUGUGAAGGUGCCAAGAAUAUGGAGGACACUGGAAUUCACCUCCUUCUCUCUUAUUUCCAGUAUAUUCUGCUGUGAACUUUCAGUCGCAGCCUAUUGUCACACUGUUCCGAACUUCAGUGGUACUGUUGAAUGAGAUCACAUAGAUAGCUUUGUCUCCUAGUUGACCAAAGUGAAAAUAUUUAAAGGAUGUGGGGUUUUUUUUUGGGAGUUAUAGGUGACAAAGUAAGAAAUAGUAAGUUUCUGUGUAAAACAAAAAUGCGAUGUUUGAGAAUGACUUGCCUUGUACUGAAUAUGUGGUUACUGAAGACCCUUUUUAAAUGCCUUUCUUCUGUAUGCAAUAGUGUUUUGAUUAUGAUCCUCGCCUCCUAUAAAGAAGGCUGUGUCCUCUGGAGCAGUUUAUUUAUUAUAUUCUGAAA